UCAAUUUAUUUUCCCAUUGUUACCUCAAAGGCUACUUCCUGGAAUACGGCCGACCACACCUAUGUGUUCUAUCCUCUUUUAAUUUUUUAUAUAUUAUAUUGCCAGUCCCUAACUACCUAUCCAUCCCCUUCCUCUAUAUAUAGACUCACUCUCCUCUACCGGUGGCUCUGAAGUUGAAGCACCUUUAAUUGGUAUUCGAAAUUUGGAUCGAAUGGCUUCGUUCUCUACCUCAACACCACAGCGCGUCUCUAAUAAGGGCAGCGCCACCACCACCACCACCACCACCACCACCAGAACCACACUGGACGCCCUCCACCCAGACCUUCAAUCGCACAUACUCACCCGCCUAGACGGGCAGACGCUCACCUACGCCAGCUGCGUGUCGUCGCAGUUCCACGCGUUCUGCACCGAGGAAAGCCUCUGGACUGAUAUCUGUCUCUCCACGUGGCCCUCUACCAACGAUCCACGUGUACGUCAGCUCAUCUCCACCUUCCCCAACGGCCCCCGUUCUUUCUUCUCCGAUUCCUUUCCUCUCCUUGUCCCCUCCUCCGAGUCUAACCUCCUUCCUCCUACGUCUCCAUGUUCAUCAUCUCCAGAGCUUUUGAUCUCAGCCGUCGAUAUCCAGUACAGGGACGAGCUCAUCUUCUCUAAGGUCCAGGAGACUGAGACCCAGAGCAGGUGGUUCCGGUGCUCACCUUUCCGGCUUGACUUCCUCGAUAUCAAGGACGUGGUCCCCACACCCAUACGUGCCACCGCCGCAGACACGUGCCAGGACAUCUCCGACGGUCUCACCCUCAGCUGGAUCACCAUCGAUCCCACGGGUCUUCGAGCGGCCAAUCUUUCCAGCUGGAAACCCGUCUCGGUGCAGCGGCACUGGUUGUCGGGGGAGAUACAGGCGAGGUUCGCGACGAUACUGGCCGGUGAUAGGAAAUCGACGGAGUUCGUACAGUGCGGGGUGGUGGUUACCUGCGGGGCUUGCGAAGGAGGGGAGAUGAUGCAAGUGAGAGAGAUAUACUUGCAGGUGGAGGACAUGGAGGGGAUGAAUUUGAAUGGGAUGGACAGUUUGGGAAUUCUGCGGAAGGCCAUGAGAGGAGAGGGAGGGAAGCGGAUGAAGAGAAGGGGAGAGGAGGGGAAGCAGAGAUAUGAAGAGUACCUGAGAUUGCAGACGGAGAGGAAAGAGAGGAAAUUGAGAAGGGAAGGGAGGUUAGACGCUAUCUGCAUCGCUUUUGGGUUCUCCAUUGUCGCAGCCUUUUGGGCUCUCCUCCUCUUCCGGUAGAGAUUCGCUUCUUAAUUCUUAUUUCUUCCUUCCUUUUCCCCUUCAUUAUGCGAGGGAUUUGUAAAUCCUUGUUGUAUAGUUACUCAGUUAUCGCAAGAGAAAAUAGAGAUGAAAUAACAAACAGAGCAAUAAUUAGAAGGAAAUUAAAUUAUUGAAGAACAUCAAGAAAUUAUGGGUUUUUUUUUUUAAGUCUUA